CAGCUAGUCUGUCCGAGUUAGUAUGCUCUCAACAUUCGUGCCUGCAAUUCGUGGCCCUGCUUAUUUGAUACAAGGCGUCUUUACCGCUCGGAGGCACAAGACUUGUGUAAUAUAUUCCACGAACUGGUCAAGUGGCAUGUUGCAGCAAGGAAGAAGAAUCUCUUUGAGCCUAGACUUACUUGUUUGGAGUCGAGCCACCCUUCUGUAAGUUCACGGUAUAGACAGGAGAAUGCAUCCGUUGAUGAUAACACUCUGGAGUGAGGAUUAAGGGAAGACAACGCCCUUGAGAGAGAAAUGUGGUCAUUUGUUUUGGUUUUCCCAUAGUCCGGCAGGGAUUGUCUUUCAGAAAAUCAUGAUUCGAUGUGGUUCGAGUAUAGUAACAAUGGUAUAUUAUUCUCUUCGAU